AUGAGAGAUAAACAACUAUUGUUAAUAGCACUCAUUGCAAUAAUCAGUGCAUCAUUUGUUUCUGCCACCUACUAUCUUGACCCUCGUAAGGUUAGAUUGGUCGAUCAUACACCUAUCUUGUCAAAUGGACAUUCAAAUUAUCUAUUCAGAGGAAAUGAACCAAAAACAUUGAUAGAUGAUAAAGAUGUUUUCGCUUAUGAUUUAUUGGUAGAGUAUAUGAGAAAUGAUUCAUUAUCCAAUCACAAUGUUGUACUUCCAGAGUCAUUUUAUAUUAUCGAUAUUAAGCUAAUCUAUGGUCUUAGAGAUGAAUUACCAGACAUUGAAUUAGAGUCUACCUUUUUUGCAAACAAUAGUAAUUUUGGUGAGUUCAAUACCAAUAUUACAUUGGGCGAUCUCACCGAUCCAAACCUCGUACCAACCGAAGAGAGAAUUGCAUGGGCAAAGACAUUACCAACAUGGCAAAAAGAUGAUCUCCCUUCAAGAAUGGAACUCUACAGAGAUAUUCUUUACGAUACCUCUAGAGAUGAAUCAAUAGUUUUGUAUAUUCAUUGUGAAUGUGGAUGUGAUCGUACUGGAGAAGUAUUUGCAUCCUAUGUAAUCAAAUAUUUGGGAUUUUCAUUUAGUGAUGCAAUGCAGUGGGACUAUUCUGUGGCUGGACGUCGUAUCCUCCCCAACCAUCAAUGGGCAACUCAAUGGUAUUGCCUAUACCUCCAAUAUGUUGAAGGUUCAUCGGUUGAUUGCACUCCUCCACCUUGGUAA